AUGUCUCUGCCCAAGCGCAUCAUCAAGGAGACGGAAAGGCUGGUCAACGAGCCCGUCCAGGGCAUCUCGGCGACCCCCCACGACGACAAUCUGCGGUACUUCGAUGUCACCAUCGACGGCCCCUCGCAGUCGCCGUACGAGGGCGGCUGCUUCAAGCUCGAGCUCUUCCUGCCCGACGACUAUCCCAUGACCCCGCCCAAGGUCCGCUUCCUCACAAAAAUCUACCACCCCAACAUUGACAGGCUAGGCCGUAUUUGUCUCGACGUGCUCAAGAGCAACUGGUCGCCCGCGCUGCAGAUUCGUACCAUCCUCCUCUCCAUCCAAGCCCUCCUGGGUGCCCCGAACCCAGAUGAUCCCCUGGCGAACGAUGUGGCUCAGGCGUGGAAGGAGAACCAGGCACAGGCGAUCAAGACAGCCCAAGAAUGGACACAGCAGUAUGCGAAGCCGUGA